GAAGAAGAAUCGAAAAGAAGUAUUCGUCACUAGUUCGGUACAAGAAUACAUGCAUACAAAAGCAUUAGAAGUUUUCUUACAUUUUUUCGUUGACGAAAGUGUCAUCUAAAUAAAGAUGACAGGUUUUACAGAAAGUGCUCUUGUCAAGAGACUGAUGGAUUUAAAUCCUUCUCAACAAAGCAUCCAAACACUUUCACUUUGGUUAAUACAUCACAGAAAACAUCACCCGACCAUCGUAAAAGUCUGGUUCAGGGAGAUGUGCAAAGUGAAGGACAAUCGUAAGUUAAUGUUUAUGUAUUUGGCAAAUGAUGUUAUCCAGAAUAGUAAAAAGAAAGGUCCAGAAUUUGGCAAAGAAUUUGAAACAGUAUUACCAAAAGCGUUUGAACAUAUGAAAGGAUUUGAUGAGAAAACAAGGGAAAGAUUAAAUAGGCUAUUACAAAUUUGGGAAGAGAGAGGUGUUUAUGAUAAAAUUCAAAUAGCGGAAUUCAAAGCAGCUUUCUUGGACACUGUUAAAGACCCGGGCACUCCGCCGCCAAAAAAGAAACCAAAAAUUGAUAUAGAAAAGAAGGAAAAAAAGGAGAGGAAGAAAUCAGAGACUGAAGUCGAAGUAGAUGGUACCAAAGAACUUCACGUGACGUUAAGUCCACGUACUCCGGCUGGUGAUCCACCAGAAACAGAGGAACUAAUCAAAGCUUUAAUGGAUUUAGAAAAUACGGCAUCGUCGGAUGCUGGUGUUAGAGAACGUAUCGCAUCCUUACCACCAGAAGUUUCAGAAGUAUCGCUUUUGGCAAAUCUUGCAGAUAGAUCAGCAGCUGAUCAAUUGAGCAUAGCAGUUAAUGAAGCUGCAGCAUUGUUAGCCGAUUAUAAUGGAAGAUUGCAAGCAGAAAUGGAAGAUAGAAGAAGAUUAUUAACUAUGCUUAGAGAUUACACAUUAGCACAAAGACAAUUACUUCAGCAGGCACAAACAACAUUGGAGGAUUACAAAGAAAAAUUAAAGAAAGUCUGUGCCGUUAGAUCCGAAGUGAAAUCCCAUAUUUCUAAUUUGCCGGAUUUGACGCAAUUACCAGAUGUAACAGGAGGCCUUGCUCCACUUCCUUCAGCUGGUGAUUUAUUUUCUAUGCAUUAAUUAAUCUAAUGUUUAAUUAGUCUAAUGAUGAAGCAUGACCAUGCAAGAAUUUUCGAUUUUGAAUUUUAUGCAGUACAAAUGUAUAAUCAUUUUAUGCUGGCUUCAUCAAUUGUGAUAAAAAGGAAUCACAUGUGAACAUUUUAUUUUCCAAAAAUAUAACACACAAUAAAAAGCUAAUUAACGAUAAUUCAUCGAUUUCAAGAGAAAAGAAAAAAGAA